AGUCCUACUGUAUGAGACGAAUGCCAAUCAAAAUAGCAGUUGAGUUCAAGCUGUAUGGAAGAAAAAGCCCCAUUAUUUGAAAUGUUAACAAUUCUAGUUUUUAGUGGGGGGUGUGAGCGUCAAGUAUCCUACCCCGCCUUCGAUGAGUAGCGUGAAGCGCUGCGCGUGUGGAAACGGGAGACACUUCAACCACAGAGCGAACCUCGCGGUGAAGACCGAGCACAGAACUGAACUGAACACUGUUGCUCUGCCCGUGGUACUGGAUUUAUCAGUGAUUAUUAGUGAUUCCCAAGGACAGUGUCAUAACAUUUUGGAUAUAUCUACUGGUUCGUGUUCUUUAAAAGCUUUGGGAAACAUAUCCCACUUCUCUCGGUUGUAUAAAGGCGGUUGUAAUGUGCUGUGAGGUUGAAGGUUGAAGACGGCCGGCCACUCGCUCUCGAGCAACCUCCUCUUGAAACCAACCAACUAGAGUCAUUAACAGGUACAUGAUGGGGUCCGGGGAGGCUUCAGCGCGGGGCACAGACAUGGAGGGGGACUGUCUCAGCUGCAUCAAGUACCUCAUGUUCAUCUUCAACUUCCUCAUUUUCUUAGGAGGCUCCUUCCUGCUUGGUGUGGGUGUGUGGGUGCUGCUGGACCCUACAGGCUUCAGGGAGAUGGUAGCAGCCAACCCUCUGCUCUUCACUGGGGUCUACAUCCUCCUGGCCAUGGGGGCAAUGCUCUUCCUCCUGGGAUUCCUGGGCUGCUGCGGAGCCAUCCGGGAGAACAAGUGUCUGCUACUCUUUUUCUUCAUGCUCAUCCUGGUCAUCUUCCUGGCAGAGUUAGCAGCAGCCGUCCUGGCCUUCAUAUUCCGGGAGCAUCUCACCAGAGAGAACUUUACCAGGGAGCUGAAGAGUCGCUACCAUGGACACAACAACACUGAUGUCUUCACGUCCACCUGGAACGCCAUCAUGACCACCUUUGACUGCUGUGGGGUGAACAGCCCGGAUGACUUUGAGGAGAGCCUGUUCAGGCUCCUCAGCCCAGACAAGAUUGUUCCUGAGGCGUGUUGCCAGGGCAACAGUCACCCUGGAGAUGCCGUGGACGACCUCAGCAGAGACGAGUGUCUGAGGGGAAGCAUGGUGCUCCGCUAUAACAAGGGUUGUUACUCAGCUGUGGUGGACUAUUUUGAGACCUAUAUCUACAUGGCAGGAGCUCUGGCUAUUGUUGUCCUGACGAUUGAACUGUUUGCCAUGGUGUUCGCAAUGUGUCUGUUCAGAGGAAUCGACCAGUAACCCUGACAACACACACAACCCCAGGAAGACACUCAACAAAGGGACACAGACUGACGAAGGAGAAGAGAGCCUGAAGAUAAACACCUGUAGAUUAUGAAUCAGAUGUUAGGAGAAUAGAGCCUAAAGAUAAACACCUGUAGAUUAUAAAUCAGAUGUUAGGAGAAUAGAGCCUAAAGAUAAACACCUGUAGAUUAUAAAUCAGAUGUUAGGAGAACAGACCCUAAAGAUAAACACCUGUAGAUUAUAAAUCAGACGUUAGGAGAAUAGAGCCUAAAGAUAAACACCUGUAGAUUAUAAAUCAGAUGUUAGGAGAAUAGAGCCUAAAGAUAAACACCUGUAGAUUAUAAAUCAGAUGUUAGGAGAAUAGAGCCUAAAGAUAAACACCUGUAGAUUAUAAAUCAGAUGUUAGGAGAAUAGAGCCUGAAGAUAAACACCUGUAGAUUAUAAAUCAGACGUUAGGAGAAUAGAGCCUAAAGAUAAACACCUGUAGAUUAUAAAUCAGAUGUUAGGAGAAUAGAGCCUAAAGAUAAACACCUGUAGAUUAUAAAUCAGAUGUUAGGAGAAUAGAGCCUACAGAUAAACACCUGUAGAUUAUAAAUCAGAUGUUAGGAGAAUAGAGCCUAAAGAUAAACACCUGUAGAUUAUAAAUCAGAUGUUAGGAGACUAGAGCCUAAAGAUAAACACCUGUAGAUUAUACAUCAGACGUUAGGAGAAUAGAGCCUAAAGAUAAACACCUGUAGAUUAUAAAUCAGACGUUAGGAGAAUAGAGCCUGAAGAUAAACACCUGUAGAUUAUAAAUCAGAUGUUAGGAGAAUAGAGCCUAAAGAUAAACACCUGUAGAUUAUAAAUCAGAUGUUAGGAGAAUAGAGCCUGAAGAUAAACACUUGUAGAUUAUAAAUCAGAUGUUAGGAGAAUAGAGGCUAAAGAUAAACACCUGUAGAUUAUAAAUCAGACGUUAGGAGAAUAGAGCCUAAAGAUAAACACCUGUAGAUUAUAAAUCAGACGUUAGGAGAAUAGAGCCUAAAGAUAAACACCUGUAGAUUAUAAAUCAGACGUUAGGAGAAUAGAGCCUAAAGAUAAACACCUGUAGAUUAUAAAUCAGAUGUUAGGAGAAUAGAGCCUAAAGAUAAACACCUGUAGAUUAUAAAUCAGAUGUUAGGAGAAUAGAGCCUGAAGAUAAACACUUGUAGAUUAUAAAUCAGAUGUUAGGAGAAUAGAGGCUAAAGAUAAACACCUGUAGAUUAUAAAUCAGAUGUUAGGAGAAUAGAGCCUAAAGAUAAACACCUGUAGAUUAUAAAUCAGACGUUAGGAGAAUAGAGCCUAAAGAUAAACACCUGUAGAUUAUAAAUCAGACGUUAGGAGAAUAGAGCCUGAAGAUAAACACCUGUAGAUUAUAAAUCAGAUGUUAGGAGAAUAGAGCCUAAAGAUAAACACCUGUAGAUUAUAAAUCAGAUGUUAGGAGAAUAGAGCCUAAAGAUAAACACCUGUAGAUUAUAAAUCAGAUGUAAUUUGUACAGUAUUUUUAUUUUUAUGUUUCAGGAUUGAUGAUAGGAGAACAGUGACUUCUACUUCACAGCUGGACCUCUGAGGUACUGUUCAGGCCAGGACAUUUUAGACCAGGGGUCAAUUCUAUUUCAAAUCCGGAGGUAAGCCGAAAUUCCAAUUCCAAUGUUCCUCAUUGAAAAGUAAAAAAUAAUAAUGAGAAUUGGUAUUUCAGUUGACUUCCUGAAUUGACUGAAUUGAAAUGGAAUUGAGCCCAACCCUGCUAUAGACACACAGCAUGAAGACAAACCAGCAGCUACUGUGAGAGGACAGAAACAUGCCCAUGUCCUCUGCACUGCUACGUUAGUGGAGCACUGUCUGAACAGGAUUCAAAUGUAUAGCACUGACCCCAGGUCUGUUUGUGCUAUCAUGCCAAAUCCCUGUCACUCAUUGUCACAUGCUUUGGAGUUGGCAAGAACACAAACAGAUCUGGGAUCAGGCUAACUGACUAUAGGUUGAGUUCAGUAUUAGAAUGGUGGAGUGUGGAUCUGUUUACAGUAUUUCUGAGGAGAUCUUGUCUGCAUCUAAUACGGCACCGGAUUCUCUAUAUAGUGCAGGGCUCUGGUCUAAUGUAGUGCACUAUGUAGGGAAUAGGGUGCCAUUUGGGACGCAUCCCAGAAACCUCAACAGAGCAAUGCUCUUUAACGUGUGACGUGUGUGUGUCUGUGUGUGUGUGUGUGUGUGUGUGUGUGCGCGCGUGCGUGCUGGAGUCCGUGACUGUGUCAAUGUGUGUUAUCUUGAUAGCCUAUUCAUUGUCAUGGUUUAGUGAUGUUCAUUCCAACACUGGUUAUUGAUUGGUGGGUUUUGGCUGAAAUUGAUUAUUAUUAUUAUUACUGUGUUAUGUGUUUGACUUACAACCUAAAGUAUCUGUAAAUGGUCCUGAUAUUAAAAUGGAUUCUGUGAA